AUGCCAGCGCGAACACUUUCAGCUGACGAAAUGUCCGCCGAAAUGGACGAUACACUUUCGAUACUAAAUCCUAUGCCGACGCGGCUAGAUGGUCCCAAGCUGCUCCAUGAACUCAUAUCAGGUCCCGGAAAGUCUGGAACUGCCCUGGAAUAUUUGGACGCCGAUGGUGAGACGACGAAGUUAUCUUAUGCAGACUUGCAUAGAAAAGCAAACACGCUGGCGAGACGACUGGCUCAAAUCAGACGUGAGGCUUCACUAGGGACCCCAGGAAUCGUACCGAUCUAUAUCCCGCAAUGCCCUUCAUUGUACAUAUCACAGCUGGCAAUCUUGAAGUCAGGGGCAGCCUUUUGUCCUCUGAAUCUUGAUGUACCAGAAGAACGCCUGAAAUUCAUUCUCAAGGACACUGCAGCCGCCAUUCUUCUUACGACAACUGCUAUGCGAGCAAGUCUUCCAGAUCUGGCAGAUGUUACUAUCGUAGCAAUCGAUGACGGGCCGUCAAGCUCGGAUUCAGAUUCGGACACCUCGGAACCUUCAGAGGAUGAGCCAACCUGCACUAAUACUUCUCCUCUUGCCUACAUAAUGUACACUUCUGGCAGUACUGGCCUUCCCAAGGCGGUCUGUCUUUCUCAUCAGGCGGCCACACAAUCUCUCCUGGCACAUGAUCGAUUUAUACCCACUUUUUCUCGGUUCCUCCAGUUCGCAAGCCCGACAUUCGACGUCAGCGUGUUUGAGAUAUUCUUUCCGUGGUUUCGUGGAUCUACACUUGUCUCCGUUGAGCGCGGACGACUGCUCGGUGAUCUUCCUGGAACGAUAACUGCUCUGAACAUUGAUGCCGCCGAGCUCACUCCAUCAGUGGCUGCCAGUCUGGUCCGUACCAGAGACAAUGUUCCGACUCUACGCACACUCCUCACAAUUGGUGAGAUGCUCAAUCCACAAGUAAUUCAGCAGUUUGGUGGCUCGGCCGAUAAACCUGGUAUCCUCUAUGGCAUGUAUGGCCCUACCGAGGCUGCAAUUCACUGCACUUUACAGCCAGAUUUUGCAGCAGAUCUGCCUGCUGGCACCAUUGGUAUCCCUCUGGAAACAGUUUCAUGUUUCAUAGUCAAACCAGCCGAGUCUAACGAUCGAGCUGGCGAGAUCGAAAUUCUACCUAUCGGCGAGAUUGGUGAGCUUGCAGUUGGCGGUCAUCAAUUGGCAGACGGUUACCUCAAUCGCGAAGAGCAAACUCGAGCUGCUUUCAUCACGCAUCCCAAGUUUGGUAAACUAUAUCGCACCGGUGAUAAGGCUCGACUACUACAAAACGGCAGGCUGGAAUGCCAUGGUCGUAUCUCGAGUGGCCAAGUCAAACUCAGAGGCCAGCGUGUUGAGCUGGGAGAGAUCGAACAUGCUGCAUCAAAAGCUGACGGAUGCCAUGCUGUGGUUGCAAGCGUCAUUUCUGGUCUUUUGAUCCUUUUCUGCAUCGCCGAUGCGAGUACCAUUUCACCGAGCGAGAUCAAGUCCGCAUGUCAAAAGUGGCUGCCAGCUUACAUGAUCCCAAGCGAUAUUGUGCUACUUCCCGAUUUUCCAUACCUUCCGUCCGGCAAAGUUGACAAGAAGAAGUUGGAGAAUGAUUAUGCCUCAGAAAACUCGAAUUCCGAAACGGAAGUCUCUGGCAUGUCAGCUGAAGCGAAGGAAAUUGCGCAGACAAUACAAAGCGCAUUGGGUGUCUCGAUAAAUUCUACGACGGAUCUGGGUGCUGCUGGACUAGACUCCUUGAAAGCAAUACAAGUCGCCUGUGAGCUGCGCAAGCACGGAUAUGCUGAAGUCGGAGCUCUCGAGCUGCUUUCAGUGACAAAUCUUGCAGCUCUUGUCGAAUUGCUCCAAAUCAAAGGUAUAGACGAACACGCACAUGUCGACCAAGCCGAAAGAUGGCAAAGUGUUGUUAGUGAGCUACGAUCGAGAGUUGAAAAAGACCUUGGAUCCGAGCCCAUGAUAAGCAACAUUCAGGAGAUUCUGCCUUGCACGCCACUUCAAGACGCUAUGCUGGUCGAAACAGCAAGGCAACCACAGGCCUACUGCAAUGAGCUUCUCUUCUCCGUGAAUGGCAAUUUUUCCGUUGAACACAUGCGUAAAGCUGUGUUCGCUUUGGCUGACAAACAUACUUCCUUGAGGUCUGGGUUCUGGGCUUCUGGGAUAUCUGACAGCGCUUACGCACAAAUCGUGUGGAAGAGUGUGGAUGCUUCUCAGUUCGCAAGUGUGGACUCUUGGAUGUCCGAGUGGUCAAUUUCAAAUCAGGAGAUGCUUUUGCGGCCACUUCGUUUCCAGUACAAGAAGUCUGAGACGAAUGCCCAGUUGUUGAUCAACAUACAUCAUGCGCUCUAUGAUCAGUGGUCUGUAGAGAUUAUUCUCGAAGAUCUGGAGAGCCUCUUACGAGAUGUUCAGGUUCCGGAGAGACCCUCUUUUGAGGCUGUCAACAAAUUUUAUAGCCACCAGAGACACGAGGAUCAAACACAGCACAUUGAUUUCUGGCAAGAGUAUCUCUCUAGCGGCACUUCCGGUCGCUUACCAAACUUAUCUCCGAAGAAAAUACCACGCCAACCUCUCAGGUCCGUGAGCCACACCAUCGACAUUGAUAUGGAGAUGUUACGCCAGACUGCCAAAGAGUAUGCUUGCAGUCCUCAUGUCUUCUUCCAAGCUGCAUACUGCAUGUUACUCAGCUGGUAUAUGGGCACAGAUGACGUGGUCUUCGGGACAGUGUUUUCAGGGAGAACUUUGCCCAUCGCGGAAGUUGAAAACAUUGUCGGCCCUCUGUUGUCGACUCUUCCAUUGCGUGUGAACAUUUCUGAGAGCAGAAAGUUCAGGGAUAUGUUGCGUCGCUUCCAAGGUGAUAAUAGAGAGAUAAUGCAACACAGCGCAGUCUCCCUUGCAGACAUCAACAAGGCAUGUGGCGUAGCACCAGACGAAGCUCUCUUUGAUAGUAUCUUCGUGUGGCAAGAGACCGCUCGAUCGGAUGUUCAACACAAGCCACUGCUUCAACUGGAUGAAGCUCGCGAUUUCCUGGAGUUCAACCUUACCUUGGAGCUCGAACCGUCCCAGCAAGGUGUGUCUGCCAAGGCCACUUACCAACCAAGCAUCCUGCCACCACGGCAAGUUGAAGUCUUUUUACAGCAGCUCGAUGAGCUGGUCAACCUUGCGGCGGCCCGACCGGACAUGCUCAUCAGUGAAUCGGGCAGCCAUCUGCCUGUGUCCAUCAUGUCAAUCGCAAAUCCAGAGCCAAAACACUUCUCAUACCGCGCUGGACUUGGAUCUGUUGUCGAGAAACAUGCUCGGGACACGCCCAACAAGUUGGCCCUGACCUUUGCUCACAACAUCCAGGAAAGCGAUGUAGAGAUCGAGAGCCUGACAUAUGAAGGGCUCAAUGUAAGGGCCAACAAGCUUGCAAGCUAUCUCAUCUCGCAAGGUGUCAAGUCUAACGAAUUGAUUUGCAUCUGCAUGGACAAGUCGAUCGACCUCUAUGUUGCUAUUCUCGCAAUUGUGAAAGCAGGAUGUGGAUAUUUGCCUUUGGUUCCCGAAACGCCAUCUGCCAGGAUUCGCCAGAUUCUUUCGGAAGCCAAUGUGAACACUUGCUUGACUGAUUCGUCAACCACGCCUACCAUUAACGACCUGAGUCUCUGCAGCACUAUCAAUGUCACAAUGAUCGAUAUCGCAAGACAGUCGCAAACAAAUCCUAAGGUUGCUUUCGAGCCCUCGGACAUUGCUUACGCAGUAUUCACAAGUGGUACCACGGGCAAGCCAAAAGGAGUUCUCGUGACGCAAGAAAACAUCCUCAGCAACCUUGAAGUCCUGAGUGGGAUAUACCCUGUUCGAAAAGACUCCCGGCUACUACAAGCUUGCAAUCAAGCUUUCGAUGUCAGUGUCUUUGAGAUCUUCUUCACCUGGUAUAGUGGUAUGUGCUUGUGCUCUGCCUCCAAGGACGUCCUGUUCCGUGACAUCGAAUUGGCGAUCAACAAGCUUGACAUUACACAUCUUUCUUUGACGCCGACAGUAGCCGCAUUGACGGAUCCGUCUCACAUCCCGAAAGUUCAGUUUCUCGUUACGGCCGGUGAAGCAGUCACUCAUCAUGUGCAUGGUGCAUGGGCGGGCAAGGGUCUCUACCAAGGCUAUGGUCCCUCAGAGACUACCAAUAUCUGUACUGUGAACCCAGCUGUGAAGCCAGACCAUGUCAUCAACAACAUUGGCCCGCCGUUCGAAAAUACGUCGGCAUUUGUGUUGACACAAGAUUCUGAAUUCCACGUCGUGCCUUGUGGCGGCUUGGGUGAACUCUGUUUUGGUGGACAACAGGUAUUCCGCGGCUACCAAAACAUGCCUGAGCUUACUGAGAGCAAGAUCAUCGACCAUCCGAAGUACGGUCGUGUUUAUCGCAGUGGAGAUCUUGGCAGAUUGUUACCAGAUGGAACCAUCCUGAUUCAGGGCCGUACUGAUGAUCAAAGAAAGAUUAGAGGCCAGAGAAUUGAGCUUGGUGAAAUUUCUAGCCGUCUGCUUGAGAUCCCUAACGUGCAGGACUGUGCAAUCGAGAUUGUCAAGACCACAGACAAAGAGCGUUUGAUGGCAUUCUGGAUUCCAGUUGGACACUCGAAGGACGUGUAUACAGUGCUGCAUCCAGACAAGUCGAUGCAAGAGAUCAUGACGUCGAUCUUUGCACACCUCGCCGAUCACCUACCUGUUUACAUGAUUCCAGAUGCCUUAGUGCCAGUGUCCGCCAUCCCUCAAACCACGCAAGGCAAGAUUGACAGAAGACAAUUGUCGAGGGACGGCUCCAUGCUCAGCGUAGAGGACUUGAAUGCAUGCUCGCAGGACUUUGCCGGUGACAAAGACACCACCGAGCUUUCUGUGAAGGAAACUCACUUGCUCUCGGCGCUUGCGGAUACUCUGAACCUGCCUUCCACGUCUAUAGGUCGCUCGACUUCCUUCUUCGCAUUAGGUCUUGACUCGGUGUCUGCAAUUCGUUUUGCAACAAAACUGAGGACGCAGCACGGCUAUCAGGCUGAUGUUUCCCAUAUUUUGAAGCGUUCUACCAUCGCCAAAUUGGCUGCGAAGCUGGACGAUGGUCAAAUGAAACCAUCAGUGUCAUCGAAGAACGACACCGUAAGCAGUUUCGAAGCAGCUAUUGGCUUGGACAUCAUCGAGUCAGUCAUCUCACAACUUCGAGAGCAGAGCCAGAUCGUGGGUCAAGUCCUGCCUUGCACGCCCUUGCAGGAAGCAAUGCUUUCUUCUGCCAGUGGCCCAGAGCAGUCUUCGGCAUACCGAAACAAGACACUGUUCAGGUUGCAAGGCAAACCUGACAAGCUCAAAGCUUCUUGGGAAGCUAUGAUGAAGAGGCAUGGCAUUCUGAGAACAACUUUCAUCAUGACUGAAAGCACAAGGUUCCCAUUCGUGCAGGCUGUGCUUUCGGAGUCGACCUUACCAUGGGAAGAGUUUGAUCACGUUCCUGAUGAUCUUUCAGCGUUGGUCCAUGACGCCAAAUCCAGCGAAACUCCGGGAUACAUGCCUCCAUGGAAGAUACAAGUCUACAAGUCUGGACCAGUCAUUUAUCUUUUGCUCGAAAUGCAUCACGCCUUGUACGACGCUAAUGCUAUGGCCAAUCUCCUGCAAGAAGUCGAAGAGCUCUACGAGGACCAUGAACUUCCAGCACCAGUAUCGUUCAAACCUUUUCUCGAUCACAUGCUCUCUGCCAGUCUUGAGCAAGCGGAUGAUUUCUUUACUGCCCAACUUCGAAACUUUAUCCCCAAACCCUUUGAGAAGAUGAAGCAUAGCCAGUCAAAGAAUGGUUUUGGAGCAGUUGUUGCAAACAUAGGCUGCUCCUCAAAGACAGUGGAAGAAUUUUUGUCGAAGCAUUCCACCACUAUGCUUGGUCUAACUCAGGCAAUGUGGGCGAAAGCUUUGUCAGCUGCACAAGGCUAUUCAGAUGUUUGUUUUGGUAACGUUGUAAGUGGUCGCACUGUUCCUGUUGAUGGCAUCGAAUCUCUAGUUGCACCUUGCUUCAACACACUACCCGUUCGUAUCGAUCUGUCGAAGCAUCAAAGCAACCUCCGCCUCAUCAAAGCCCUUCAAGGGGGCAAUGUUGAUGCUUUACCUCAUCAGCUCACAUCUUUACGCCGCAUCCAGGGACAAGCCGGCACAGGUGGACGGCGAUUGUUUGAUUCUCUUGUCCUUUUGCAGCAAAAGCCGACAGACUUGAAUCCUGAAAUCUGGAGCCUGGAACACGAAUCCGGAGACAUGGAUUUACCUUGCAUUGUUGAACUUACGCCGAGCGAUGAUUCAUACGCCCUUUCGUUGCAUUUCAACCGGAGUUACCUUGAGGAUGGAGUUGUUCAAAGACUUCAUCAAGCGUGUUUAGCUGCAUUUGCGUCUUGCAUAAGAUACCCAUCCAGCGAUGUUUUUGAUUUUGUUGACUUUGAUAAAGACGUGAUAGCAGGCUCUUUGAAGCCAGACGACAAAUACAUGCAGUCUGCUGAGGCUGCUCAGCGGAAAGAGUUGCAACAGCCGGAGACUUCAGACAACGACGCCUGGUCUCCUCUCGAACUUCAGAUUCGUGCUGCGUACUCAGCAAUCUCUUCCGCCCCUGAAGACCGGAUCGGGAAGGACACCACUAUCUACAGGAUUGGUCUGGACAGCAUCAGUGCAAUUCAAGUCGCUAGCCGGCUUCGAAAAGAGGGACUCUCGUUGCAAGCCAGCGAUGUGAUGGAGAGCCCAUCGUGCUCCGAACUGGCUUCAGUCGUUCAGACUCGAUCACAAACACCUGUUAUAAGCACUCCUGCGUUCGACCUCGAGAAUUUCGACAAGCGCUACCGUAGCGUUGUUCUGGAUAGCCAAAAGGUCUCCACGGACCAGAUUGAAGCAGUACGACCUUGCACUGCGGUACAAUCUGGAAUGUUGAGUGAAUAUGUUCACUCUGGCGGGCACCAGUACUUCAAUCAUAUGUUCUAUGCGGUGGACGAAAACAGCAGCUUCGAAACGCUCAAGAACGCAUGGGUCAAAGUUGUUGCGCAGCAUGAGAUGCUGCGCACUGGGUUCAUCAAUACUGAUGAUCACGAGAACCCAUUCGUGAUGUCGACUUACAAGUCUCCCGAUGUCCACGACCUUUGCCUGCAAGUAUCAUCAGAAGAUGGAGCGAAGUAUGAUGACUAUGAGCGAGCAGCUUCUGAAUCAGUCAAGGAAAAGCUCCACUUACCACCUUGGAGGUGGAGUCUUCUUGAGAUUAACCAAACACAAUGUCUACAAUUCUCUGCGCAUCAUGCUAUCUUCGACGCAGAGAGUUUACGUAUGAUCAUCUCGGACCUGCAGUCCGCUCUACGGGAUGACGCUGUACCUGGAAGGCAGUCGAUUGGCAGUGCUCUGAGUUACAUCUUGUCGAGUAGCCAAAAAGAUCCAGAGCAGCAGCGUAUUUUCUGGUCGCAAAAGCUUGGCGGCGCACCAGUCACUCGAUUCCCCAAUCUGACUCCACUUAGAACCCCGGACACAAAGGCAGUCGUUGUUGAACGCCUAUUUAGCCUCCAACGCAGUGAGAUCGAGGCUCGUUGUCAAGAGUCUGGUGUCUCAAUGCAGUCAGUUGGACAAGCAGCGUGGGCUCGACUACUGAGCGCAUACACAGGAGAGUCUCUUGUAACUUUUGGAGUGGUCUUCUCCGGACGCACUGCACCGGAGACUGCAGACACUGCAUUCCCAUGCAUCACGACGCUUCCAGUCUCGAGCAACACUGCUGUAGAUGACUCUCAGCUUCUCCAAGACCUGAUGUCAUACAAUGCGGGUGUCCAGAAACAUCAAUUCACAUCCCUCACAGACAUCCAGAAGUAUGCGGAACUGCCCAAUGAAGCGCUAUUUGACUCGCUUUUCGUCUACCAGAGGCCGUUGAGCAAUGAUGGUUCUGAAACUUCUUGGAAGGUUAUGCACGAAAGCGCUUCAGUGGAACUAUCCGUGUCCAUUGAGAUGGAGGCGCUCCCAGAUGACAAACUUGGUCUUCGACUGACAGUUAACCCGGCUCAAAUACCUCAAGAACAGGGAAAGAUCAUGCUACAACAGAUGGAAGCCAUCAUUGCCGGCCUUUUCAGUAUCGAGGACUCAAUCGAUGCAUCAGUCUUGUCUGUCGUUCCUCCCAAGGAUCCGAUCAUUCCCACAGACUUCAUUUAUCUGCACGAGAUGACUGAGGCGGCCGUUAGAGAUCAUCCAGAUCGCAUUGCUAUGGAGUUCGUUGUCAAUCUUGAAGACGAACAAAUCACAAGUCGAAAAUGGACCUACCGCCAAUUGGACGAGGAAGCAAACAAGAUUGCGCAUCUCUUGCUGGAAAGCGGUGCCAAGUCCGGCGACAUCAUCGCAACCUCUUUUGAUAAAUGUCCGGAAGCCUCAUUCGCUUUCUUCGGCAUUCUUAAAGCAGGUUGUGCUUUCUGCGCAAUUGAUCCUACAGCACCUGCAGCCCGCAAAGCUUUCAUUUUACAAGACUCGAAUGCUAGGGUCCUCUUGACUUCUGCUUCGAUCAAAUCAGAGCUCGAAGGCUUGACUCAAUGCGGCGUCAUCAACCUCAUCAACCUAGACAGCAAGGAGAGCUUGUCGUCUUCUCCCGUGCCUACACCAGAUCUGUCAUCCUCGUCUGUCAGCUACGUCUUGUAUACUUCCGGAACGACAGGAACACCAAAGGGCUGUGAAAUUACGCACGACAAUGCUGUCCAACUAGUCAUGGCUUUCAAGCGUCUUUUCAGUGGGAGGUGGACAGACGAAUCUCGUUGGCUCCAAUUUGCCUCGUACCAUUUUGAUGUCUCUGUCUUGGAGCAAUUCUGGACCUGGAUUGUUGGUAUGCGACUUGUCUGUGCUCCUCGCGAUCUAAUCUUGGAAGACAUCAUGGGUUUCCUCGAUACCAUGCAGAUCACUCAUCUAGACCUCACACCGUCUCUAGGAAGACUUCUGGACCCUGCUAUGGUGCCAAGUUUACACAAAGGCGUCUUUAUUACGGGUGGAGAGGCUCUUAAACAAGACCAGAUCAACACGUGGGGGGAUAUCGGCUGCCUAUUCAAUUUCUACGGGCCUACAGAAUGCACUAUCGGUGUGACCGUGUUCCCUUCCGUUCCAAAGGAAGGAAAGCCCUCUAACAUUGGCUGGCAAUUUGACAAUGUUGGCUGCUACGUCCUAACUCCUGGCUCUCAGACGCCCGUUUUACGUGGCGCUGUCGGCGAACUCUGCAUCUCUGGAAAGCUAGUCGGAAAGGGCUAUUUGAACCGGCCUGAGCUCACUGCAGAUUGCUUUCCCUACUUGGAAGACUUCGGGGAAAGAGUGUACAGAACUGGCGAUCUGGUUCGUCUCUUCCAUGAUGGAUCAAUAGAUUUCAUGGGCCGAAAAGAUAAUCAAGUCAAGCUCAGAGGUCAAAGACUUGAGAUUGAUGAGAUCGAAGCUGUGAUCAAGCGCUGUCAAGGCAUUCAAGACACUGUCUGUGUUGUUGCCAAGCAUCCCAAGCAGCAAAAAGAUCAGCUCAUCGCCUUCAUUGGUAUCGAUGAAUCAAGAAAACAGGGCAAGCCUGAGCUAUGCCCCGCGGAGUCGACCAAGCAUCUCAUUCAAGCAGCCCGUACAGCAUGCGAAGAGCAUUUGCCUGGGUACAUGGUCCCCACACAUUUCCUCCCGAUCCAGCGUAUUCCCUUGUCUGUGAACAACAAGGUAGAAGAAAAGCUGCUUCGUCAACUCUAUGCUGACAUGCCUGCUACUACCCUUCAGACAUACGCUGUACAGGCUGAUAGCCAGCGACCUCUCAGUGAUGGAGAGAAGAAGGUUUCGAAAGUUCUGGCUGAGCUAUUGAAGAUUGAAGUGGAUGAUCUGAAGCCUUCAUCAAACAUCUUUACUCUGGGUCUAAACUCCAUCUCAGCUAUACAACUCUCAAGAAAGCUCAAAGCCAGUGGUUUUGCAAAUGCCCAGGUCGCGACCAUUCUCAAGAAUUCUUCUAUCAGCAAACUGGCCAAAGCGCUUGCCACGUCGACAGAUCAGACGGAUGGCGAGAUCGCUGAUGCCAGACAAACCAUCUCUGCAUGUCGGCAAAAGCAUCUAGGCACUGUCACUCGUGUGCUUCGCUGCAAAGUGGACGACAUUGAAGCCAUUGUACCUUGUACACCUCUGCAGCAAGGCAUAAUCUCCCGAUCUCUGGCAAGCGAGACUUGUCUCUAUUUCAACACUUUCCGUUAUGGUGCUCAAGGAGUAGAUCUUGCAAAACUCGAGAAGGCCUUCAAUGAGGCUCUAGCUCGCACACAGAUCCUACGUACUUUCUUUGUUGAGACUGAUGAUGGGUAUGUGCAAGCUGUAAGAAAGACAGGUCACCUGCCCUGGUGGACACUCGAGGUCUACGAUCUUGCAUCUGUGGACAGUGUCUUUGCCAAGCGCAAACAGAAAUGGCGCUCCUACAACACUGCUCAUUUGACUGUACCUUUUGAGAUUGUGAUUGUUCGCUCUGGCUCUGAGACUUUCUUAUCGGUCGACAUGCAUCAUGCACUGUAUGAUGGCAACUCUUUCGAUAUGUUGAUGAACAACGUCUCCAAGCUCUAUAAUUCUGAAGAGGCCGACUUUGGCAAAUCAUUCGUAGACUGCUUACCCUUUGGUCCUUUGCGCAAUGUUCAGGGCGCAAAGAAGUUCUGGCUUGACCAUCUUUCGGAUGUGGACCCUACGGCGAUGAAAUCAGUGACCGAUCGCAAAACAGACCGAGACGUUCUCUGCACAGCCAGUCUCGGUGUUCUGCAGCAAGUGGAUGAGCUACGCCGCUCUCUCGGUGUCACUAUUCAAGCAUUAGUCCAAGCAUGCUGGAUUGCCACCCUUCGCAAGUAUCACCAUGGAGCUGUUGGUACAGUUGUGUCUGGACGCUCUAUCGACUUCGAUGGUAUCGAGAACGUGAUCGGACCUUUGUUCAACACUAUUCCAUUCUAUUUGAGAUGCGAUUCAGGAGACUCUUGGAAGACGCUCGUCCAGAGAUGUCAUGAAUUCAACACCGCAGCUCUGCCUUACCAGCACACACCAUUGCGUGAUAUCAUGAAAUGGUGCAACAAGGGACGCUCCGAGCCGCUUUUCGACACGUUGUUCGUUUUCCAGGGAGCACUUGACAGCUCCACCACCAACACUUCGAUUCUCAUCCCUCAGGCGGAUGAUCACUUCGAAGCUGAUUACCCACUCUCUUUUGAAGCGGAGGAAGCAGGUGACGGUCAGCUCAACGUCACUUUAGCUGCCAAGGGCUCAAUUUGCGACGACGAGAAGGCUCGAGAACUGAUCGAGGAGUUCCAUCAAGCUGUUCGGGCAAUGGUCGGGGCUCCUGAGGACGAUGUCGGCGUUAGCAUUGGUCACACUUUCGAGCAACCUACCAGGACUGUCAAUGGCGAUUCAGCUAACACUCAUAAGAGCGGUACAGCGAGCUUUGACUGGACUCUCGAAGCUACCACCAUCAGAUCAGAAAUGGCGACUCUCGCUGAUGUAAGCGAGGAAGAUGUGAACGAGGACACUUCCAUCUUCGAGAUUGGACUAGACAGUGUCGACGCUGUAAAGCUUUCAUCACGUCUCAAGAAGAAGAACUUGGCUCUACCUGUGAGCACCAUUAUGAAGUCUCAAACCAUUGCCCAUAUGUCGUCAACCUUGCAGCCCACCAAAGAGGAUAUUCCAAACGACAAGUCUGAGCAGACUUUCCAAGAACUUGGAAAGAAGCUUACUGCAUAUGCACAAAGCCAUAUCGACGGUACACACUCGCUUGAACGUGUCCUACCAGCUAGCCCAAUGCAAGAAGCUUUGGUGUCGGAGAUGGUCCGAUCGUCCUACAGAGCCUAUUUCAAUCAUGAUAUUAUGAAGAUACCCAAGGAUGUCGAUCCCGAGAGUCUCGAAAAGGCAUGGCGAAAGGUCAUCGAAGCUUCGCCCAUCCUUCGUACUGGUUUCCUCGAGAUCGAUGACCCGGAAAUGGAGACUACCUUUGCUCAGAUCAUCUACAAGCAUGACGAUUCUCGUCCGCUCGAGUUUGGCUUUGUCAAGGUACCGACUGAAGAUGCCAUCACUGAACAUCUUGAUCAAAUCGGCUCUGAUGUAGCAUCGGCUGCUUUGACCCAACCUCAGCUACAUUUGACUUGGGCAGUCACUCCCCAGGAUAGAUACCUGGUCUUCUCAAUUGCUCAUGCUCUUUACGAUGGUCACAGUCUCUCAUUGCUCCAUCAUGACGUUCUACGUGCUUAUAACGAUGUUCUACAGCCUCGUCCUUUCUACGACGAGAUAUUGAGAGACACUUUUGGAGGCAGCAAUGAAGAGGCUGUCACGUUCUGGCGUGAUCUUUUGGCACAUGCGAAUAAAACUCAUCUUCCUCGGCGUCACACUCCCAAAGAAUUCGAUCUCACCACUCACCGCACAGAGAAGACAAGUCAGCUCUCUUCUGAUGAUCUUACCUCAUUUUGCAAGCUGCAAGGUGUGACUCUGCAAGCCGUUUGUCAAACAGCCUGGGCUUUCGUCCUUGCUCAGACUGUGCAAUCACUAGAUGUCAUGUUCGGUGUUGUCUUGGCUGGUCGUGAUAGCGAACUUGCUGAAGAAGUCAUGUUCCCUAUGAUGAACACCGUCGUCAUGAGAUCAGUGUUGCACGGAUCCAGAAAGGAUAUGUUGCAAAGCAUACAAGCAACGAUUUCGGACAUCUCCAAUCAUCAACACUUCCCCCUGCGCCGAAUUCAAGCUUCGUGUCAGGGACAGGUUCAAGCAGGCUCAAGUCAGAAUGACGCCUUCUUUGACACGCUCUUCACCUUCCAAAGACGACCUGACAAUGCUGAUGACGUGACUCAGACGCUGUAUGAAUCUGUCAAUGGUGCUUCUGAGGUUGAGUACCCUGUGGCUAUCGAGGCUGAGAUUGUUGAUGGCUCUUUGAUCUGGAGAGUAGCCUGCAAAAGCAGCGCUUUUGACGAACCCGAUGUGAACGACCUUCUUGCCACUAUCGACACUGUCUUGCAAGCGAUCGUCUCUGGGCCUCACGAACCUACACUCACCUUCCAAGAUCAAGAAGUUAGUGUUUGUGGCCUGCCUGCGUUCAAACAGCAAGUGGAAGCGGGCGAAGAACAGACUUCCGAAUCUAGCGAGGAGACGGUCGUCGACGCGGAUGACUGGUCCGAUACUGAGACCAUGAUCCGAGAAGUCAUCGGCAAAGUCACCAAGACCCCCAAGACUGAAAUCUCGAAAUCUGUUGCUCUUCAGAAUCUCGGCGUCGACUCCAUCAACGCCAUAAAGAUCUCCGCAUUGCUGCGACAGAAGUCUAUUAAAAUCACUGUCAGCGAAAUUGUACGUGCUGGUACAAUCUCAAAGAUUGCUACCGUAGCCCAGAAGAAGAAGAAGAACCAGACAGCCAAACCUUCUGGCGAGAGUGCCGAGAAUACUAUUGCCGGUCUCAUGUCACAGAAGGGCUUCACAGCUGAACGGUUUGGCUACGAUGGCCAAAGCAUUGAGCAGAUCUUGCCCGCAACUGCUGGACAGGUUUAUAUGCUGGGCGCAUGGCUAGCGACGAAUGGGCAGCUGUUCUAUGGAGAGUUCGAGUAUGUUACUACUGUCUCGACCACCAUGGCUAGUAUCGAGCAAGCUUGGCAGAAACUCGUCUCCAACAAUGCCGUUCUUCGCACUGUCUUUGUUGCCACUCAAGACGACGACACUCCUUACUUGCAAUUAGUGUUGCGCAACGCUCCUGCCUCUUUCGUAAACCUAGAUGAGCAAAAGUCUUCUUCAGAGUUGGAGCAGCCGUUUGUCAAGUUAUCGGUACAGAGCUCAGACAAUGGCUACAAAUUGCGUGUCAAGAUCCAUCACGCGCUUUACGAUGCCAUAAGUCUGUCACUGCUCAGUCAAGCCUUGGGCGGCUAUCUGCAAGGGUCUACCCCUGCACUCCAACCGUCUUCUACGUUUGCCGACUUUAUUGCUCAGCCUCUGGGCGCUACCGAGAAGAGCGGCAAGAAGGCGUUCUGGACCAACUACCUUCAAGGCACGCAAUGCCCACAGCUCGAAUCUGACUCAUUGGCUUCAUCACGACACAUCGAGAUUUACGACCCUCGUGCCAUGUCUGACAUGCCGAAAUUCGAGACUGCGCUCAGAAAACAAGGGAUCAGUCUCCAAGCUGUUUUCUUCGCCGCGUAUGCCAGAGCAUACAGCUACAAUACGGACCCAACGGCCGAGGACGUGAUCAUAGGCAUCUACCUGGCCAAUCGCUCUCAUCUUGAGAACCUGUCCAACCUCACAGCACCGACACUGAACCUUGCCCCUCUUCGCGUACGCUCACCGACAAGAACUUCGCUUAGCGAGCUCGCAAAGCAGAUUCAGAAGGACUUGCAGGACAUCGGCACACCUGAAAACAGCAGUGUCGGACUCUGGGAGAUUGAGGCGUGGACAGGUGUCAAGAUAGACACGUUCGUCAAUUUCGUCAAGGUACCUGACAGUGAUGAGGAUAAUACCAAUCAAGCCGUCGUCAUGGACCAGGGUGCAGAAGACCAAAGGAUCCAGAAGCGAAGUCGAGUAUCUGAUGCUGUUGAAGAGAAAUUUGUCGUGCCAGAAGAAAUGCGACAUGAAGCAUUGAAGAAGACAUACAAGCGAUCAUUGGAUAUCGAGGCGACUGUCGCGGAUGGUUCGCUCGGCAUUGGUGUGUUUGGUUGGGAAGAUAUGAUGGACCUGGAACAAGCUGAAGGGUUGAUUGAAGAACUGAAGAUCGAGAUUGAAGAAAUUCUCGGAUGA